AUGGAAGACCAUUAUUCAAAAUCUGAUGAUCAAGAAGAUCCGGGUUUAAGAACUUUAUCUGAAAAGAGUGAAGAUGAUUGGGAAGCUUCAAAGGAAGGAUUCCGAAAGAAAUUCGAUCUUACCAAAAUCACCAAUAGUGUAAAACCAAAACCUUAUGAGCCAAAUCUAGCUGAAGAGCCUCCUAAAAUUUUAAACGAAGAAGUUGAAGAAGUUAAGCUUCAAGAGUCUUUUCCUCAAGUGGAAGACAAGCCAACACCUCCUCCAGCAGUACCAAAGAUUUAUGAUAUUAAAACCAACGAAGAAGAGAUUAAAGAGCCAUUGACCAAAAGAGAAAUAUCCUACGGUCAUAAAGCUGUGAAGAAAGAAAUACAACUUAACCCUGACGAAGAAGGAGAUAAUCAAGAAAUCCAAAGAAUGCAAAUUAUUGAACACCAAAGCCAAAUAGAAGAACAGAAUAGACAACAGACAAUUCAAACUGAGCAAAAGAAAAUUAAAGAAAUAGAGAGUCCUCAAAGACAAGUUAAAAAGAAAUUAGAAGAGGAAGAAAAAUUAAAAGCAGAGCAAGCAGAACAACAAAGAGUACUUCAAAAACAGAAAGAACUAGAAGAACUCCAAAAGAAAGAAGAAGAAAGACUUGAACAAGAAAGGAUAAAGCAAACUCAGCUUGAUAAACAGAAGGAAGAAGAACACCAAAAGCAAAUAGCUGAGCAGAAGAGAUUGCAACAACAAAGAAUUGAACAGGAGAAAUUAGAAAAACAAAGACUAGAAGAAGAAAAACUCGAUCAAGAAAGAAUUCAAAAAGAGCAAGAAAGACAAAAGAGACUUGAAGAUGAAAGAUUGGAGAAAGAAAAGAAGAUCCAAGAGGAAAUAAAGAAACAACAGAAAGAAAAACUUAAAAAUCAAAAAUUAAAAGAAGAAAAGCAAAAGAAGGAGCAUGAAAGACUUGAAAAAGAAAGAAUAGAACAGGAAAGGAUAAAACAAGAAGAAAAUAAAGAAAAAUUAGAACAAAGAAAAAUUGAAGAACAACAGAUGGAAGAGGAAAAAUUAGAGCAACAAAUGUUGCGGCAAAAGAGAGCUAAAGAGCAAAAGAAGGAGCAAAUUAGAUUAGAAAAAGAGCGUGAAGAAAAAGAAAUACUUGAAAAUCAAAAAGAGGAGGAAGAUGAAUCAAAUAAAGACAAAAUAAAAUCUAUAGUACAGCAAAAACUAAUUGAAGAAAGACAAAGAAAAAUGCAACAAAAAUCUCAAAAGGAUUCUUUAAACCCAGAAGAAGUUCAAAAUCCUUCUGAUAUAAAACCCCCUCCUAUCGAACCCCCUCAAGUUUCCUCUUCUCCUAAUUCGCCUACACCUACUGCAUCAACUCUACCACCUCAAAUCUCUACAGAAUCUUCCACUCAGAUAACCUUAGAACCUUCUUCUUCACCCACCUUUUCUGAACCUUCAGAGCCAGUAUCGACUGCUCCAGUGAAUUUUAGUGGAUCUUCUCCCUCUUUCUUCAGUCAACUGACAGACCUUGAUUCCACAGCAUCCCUAAUAGCUAUUCCUCUGUUGGCAGUGCUUUUAAUAGCUAUAGUUCUCUAUGUGAUAUACAGAUUGUGCUUUAAGAAGGAUCCUAAUAAGUACGCACAUUUUGAGAAUGAGAAGGAGUCCGACAUCACAAGGUCUGGAAAUAAUUUCGCAAAUUAUCACGAAAGUAAAUACCACCAAGGACAGAAGUUGAAGGAAGAUGUACAUCCUUAUGAACCUGAGGAGUUUUAUAAGAAUGAGUUCUCUCAAGAGAAUACAAUGAAUCAUAGAACCUUGGAUUUGAAACUAGAUAUAGAUCCUCAGGUUGAUCCUAGACAGAUAGAGGAACAAAUAAGGCCCAAUAUUAACGAACUUGAUUAUUCUUAUAAUGAAUCAAAUGAGGAUGCAGAGAAACCUGAGAUAAAUGUUUCAUUUAUUUAAAC